AAGCGUCGCAUUCUGCAUCGGAAAAAAAAGGGACGAAAGGUAUUGGUUUGAAUAGCCUGAUAUUUUGCGACGCGACGCGCAACGCAGCCUUUUCGAAGAAGGGCCCCGAGCAAUUCUCGAUUUCGAGCUCCACUCCGAGACGAGGCUGAACGAGGCGCGAUUCCUAACCCGAAAAAUUUCGAAGUAGCGGAUUCAGAUCAGACCACAACUCUUCCUCCAUCCCAACCAACCGUUCUCGGCCUGAUCGAAGCACCGCAGCCAUGGAUGCCGUCCGGUCUCUCGUCCAGCCCAUCACGCACAACCUGCCGGCUCCCAUCCGGGACCUCGGCGUCUCCAUCGUCGGCGAGACCUGCUACAAGGCGCUGCUGCUCGACGUGGACGUUGAAAACACCGAGUGCAUCAAGCUCGCCGUCAGCAAGGGCCUGGGCAUUGGCAUCGUCGGCGCCUCAGCCGUCGUCAAGGUGCCGCAGAUCCUCAAGCUGCUAAAGUCCAAGUCGGCCGAGGGCGUGUCGUUCCUGUCGUACCUGCUCGAGACGAGCGCGUACCUCAUCUCGCUGGCGUACAACGUGCGCAAUGGCUUCCCCUUCAGCACCUUUGGCGAGACCGCCUUCAUCAUGGGCCAGAACGUCGUCAUCUCCAUCCUCGUCCUGAACUACAGCGGCAGGCCUGCCAUGGCGGCUCUGUUUGUCGCCGCGCUGGCCAUUGGUGCGGCCGCGCUGUUUGCCGACAACGUGCUGGACAUGCAGGCUCUGAGCUACCUGCAGGCUGGCGCUGGUGUUCUCGGCGUCGCCAGCAAGGUUCCCCAGAUCCUGGCCAUCUGGCAGGAGGGAGGUACCGGCCAGCUCAGUGCUUUUGCGGUCUUCAACUACUUGGCCGGCUCGCUGUCUCGCAUCUUCACCACGCUCCAGGAAGUCGACGACAAACUGAUACUGUACGGUUUCAUCUCCGGCUUCGCCCUCAACGCCAUCCUCGCUCUACAGAUGGUGUACUACUGGAACGCUCCAUCUGCAAAGGCUCGGGGCAAGCGGAAGGAAGUUGUCCCCGUCGAGGCCCGCGGAAGCUCAACGGCCGUGCCCAAGAAGGGGCCUACUACUCGUCGCCGUGGUUAGCUAGAAUUCUAUAGAGUUUCGUUUUAUUUUGCUUUGGUCUUUAUUGGGAUGCUGGUGCACAGGUUGGGAUCAGGUUACUAGCGGAGGAAUAUGCUAAUAAAAAAAAAGGAGGUGGAAACGCCUAAUUUACUCGUGGUAUGCUCGCCAUCUG